CUGAAGUUACGUUCAUGGUCACAAUUCCUCACAUCUCAUACGACUAGAGACAGAACGUAAACACCCUAAACCCGUCUUUACUGAAUUAACCUGCUUUUCUUUCGGCUUUUAUGCAGCGCCUCCUUUCAUUAUUAUAUGGUUCGGUCCUGUUAGUUUGAAACAAACGUCCCGCCUCGAGUUACUGCGUGUUUAUAACUGUUUAUUACAAAGGCAGCCCACGUCUCUGGAAACAGGAUUGUGACACAGAAUGGCAUCACGGGGGAAAUCAGAAACCAGCAAACUGAAGCAGAACAUGGAGGAACAACUGGACAGACUAAUGAUGCAGCUUCAGGACCUGGAGGAGUGCAGAGAAGAUCUGGAGGAGGAGGAGUAUGAGGAAACAAAGAAAGAGACUUUGGAACAGCUGGAGGAAUUCAACGACUCCCUGAAGAAGAUAAUGACAGGAGACAUGACACUGGUGGAUGAACUUGGUGGGAUGCAGCUGGCAAUCCAAGCUGCCAUCAGCCAAGCCUUCAAAACCCCCGAGGUGAUCCGACUUUUUGCAAAAAGGCAGCCCGGACAGCUGAGGACCAGGCUUGGAGAGAUGGACCGAGACCUGAUGGUGGGGAAAAUGUCCCCGGCCGUUCACACGCAGCAGAAAAUGGAAAUCCUCACAGCCCUGAGGAAGCUGGGAGAAAAGCUUACUCCAGAAGAUGAGAUGUUCCUUACUAAAAACACUACAGCUACUCUAAGUCAGUUUGAAAAAGUCACUGCCAACCUGGGGUCGGAAGACAAAAUUAUGGCUUUAGCUAGUUCUGGGGUGAAAACCAAAGAAUAGACAUUUAAAAAAAUUAUUUUAAAUCAAUGUUCUUAUAAAAAAUGUCCCAAUUAAUCAAGUUUUGUAUGAAUACCUUUUCACUUUUUAGUGUUUCUAUAAAUACUAAGCGUUUUUAACAGUAUUGUUUUAUACUUGUUAAUGUUUUUAAAUGUCCGUUAUUCUUCUGUAAAACUGUAAUAUAAUAGGUACGAGCAUGUGAUCUGAGAUGUUUGAAUAAACGCAACGAAUGUUCAUCACAA